UCAUACGCAUCUGAACCAAAAACAGAUUGAGCGUCUAACUUUUUUAUGCGCUGUUUCGUAGUGUAUCUUCCGCACUUGCGUACUCUUAACAUUUACGUUGCUAAUCAAAAACGAUUUGUUUCAUAGCAGGAAAUUCCGCCACUUAGUACGAUAAGAUUCAGCCAGUAACCAUCCUAUUCCACCUGUGUGUGUGUGUGUCAGUAACUUAAUACUACACGAAAUUUCGCCAUUGUGUCGGUUCUGUGCCACAUGCAAGUGGAAUCGAGCAUUGUUAUUUCCAAGAGUAUCUUUUAAUUCUGGUGUUGCAUGUGACUGGGAGACCGCCAUGGGUGACAUUGCUUUAUCUUUCUGCAAGCAGAUGCGAACAGCGACAAGAGAUGUUCAUGCAGUCAGUGAUGCACUAGUGAAUGCAAAACUUGCAUUUGCACUGUCUGACAACACAGUCUGGGCAGAUGGACUCCUUGUUUUCUACGAAGUGUUUCGAUUCUUGGAAGGUGCAAUGGAUCGUCAUUCGGUAUUGGCGCAAUUAGAGGUGCCUGGAUUACGACGCCGAGAAGCAUUCGAACGUGAUCUUGCACGUUACCUUGGGGAAGGAUGGUGUGGACCAAACUACCAACCACGAGCUAGUGUAGCAACAUAUAUACAUCAUCUUGAAAAACUUGAGAAAGAAGAUCCCGUUCUGCUUUCAGCUUAUAUAUACCAUCUUUACAUGGGAUUAUUGUCUGGUGGUCAGAUUCUAAGACGUAAACGUGCUUUUCGGGAAAAAUUACUACCUGCAGGCUGGUGGCAUGAUGCAGACUCAGACUCUGUAACAGAUUUCCAUCCACAAAAGCCCUCGGCACUAAAAAAGAUGUUAGCUACUGCAAUGGAAGAAUUUGCUAAUGGUUUAACAGCAGACAUGCGUGAGAAAUUAAUUGUGGAGAGCAAAAAUGUAUUUCGCAUGAAUAAUCUAAUUAUUAGAAGUGUAAAAGGUACAACACAAGUAUUUCUGAAAAAGUGUGUUUAUGCAGCUACUUUCCUUUUUUUAAUUGUACUGUUAUAUUUGUACCUGUUUCCAAGGCAAGGUCUGCAGCUGAAGUAAUCAGCUGGGUUUCAGAGAAGCAAAUUGUCGUUAGAAAUUCAGUACUUCCGUUCUCACAAUUUCUUUCUCUUUGAUGUUUUUAAUUUUUGAGAAAAAAUUCAUGGUUCUUCGUUUAUUUUCCUUCAUCUUCUCACUGGCUUUACUAGUAAGGAAUUUUAGAUACUGAAAAGAAAUUAGUGCCAAAAGUUUUGUAAUAAAAACACUUAAAAUGUAUAGUGUAAUUACAUAAGAUUAAAAAAUUAUUCAAACAAA